AUGUUCCAGCAAAUCCUGGCCCUGACGAAGCUGCCAGUGAUCCCCCUUCAAGCCCUACCUCAACUACCUCCGAAGCUGACCAAAGGGGGUCAGGAAGGCAACAGCAACCACCAGAGCCGAGUGGACCACAACAGGGAUCACGUGAUCAACUUCAAGCGCAGGGGUCAGGAAGCCAACAGCAACCACGAGAGCCAAGCGGACCACAGCAGGGAUCACAAGAUCAACUUCAAGCACAGGGGUCCCAUGAGAUGGACGUGUCUGGCACAGGCGGGGUUCCCAGAGAAAGGUGUCAACGAGGUCCACGGCGACAUCCCCAAUGAGGAGCUUGCGGGCCUUGCCGAGUGGGAAGCAGACCUUGAGACCGCCAUGGAAGAUGAGUGGUACAAUGCGGAAGGUGACGGUGAUGAACCAUGGUGGGACGAGCAUGGAGAGAAGCCGCCUGAAGUCACGGAGGAGGAACUACGAACCAUAGACCGGCAAGCUGAUCUCACCGAGCUGAACCGGUUGAUCGAGAUGGGUGUUGCCCGGUUUCCCACCGAGAACGAGGACCUCAGCGAGCACACCCUCCUGACAACCAAGCUGGUGAGGGACUGGCGGCGGCGCCCGGGCUGGAUACGGCGGGCAAGGCUUGUGGCGAGGGAGUUUCGAACCCUUGCCGCCUGGAGCUCGGAGAUGUUCGCGCCUGCUUCCACUUUGGGCACGGUGCACACCUUGAUCAGCUACGCGAUCACGAACAACCUCCAACUCACCACGCUAGAUGUGAAAGAUGCUUAUCUCAAUGUGGACCAACCGGGCAAAGCAAUCAUCCAGGUGGACGCCGGCUUGCUUGAGGAGGGAGCCGUUGGCUUCAAAACGCUGGUGCUCAACAAGUUGCUCCCCGGGCAACUGGUCGGGGCGAGCGCCUGGUUUGAUUGCGCCAGCUCCAUGCUCAGCGAGGCACGCCUGGAAAAUUUCCCAAAGGAGCCGACCGUCUUCAAGACAACAGACAAAGGAGGCAAGAGUGCUAUAAUUCUCCAUGCCGACGACGGGCUCCUUGCCUCCUCUGCCUCCGAGCGCGAGCGGAUCGUGAAGGUUGUUAGCUCCAAGGUUGUGGUGCAGGUCGGGGAGCCGAUGAUCCACAAGGGCGACCACUUCGAGUUCUUGAAAAGACGCUAUGUGAAGACCAAGGACGGGGUGGCUGUGUUUUCCAACGCAAAGUACUUGGAAGCUUUGAUAAAAGCGGCCGGGCCAAACAUCAAGAGCAGGGACUCCCCGGCCGAUGCCAGCUUCCAGGAGGUCGACGCCACGAAGGAGCUCGACCCCACCAAGGCGAAGACCUACAAGGAGUGCGUGGGAAGGCUCCUCUACCUUUCCCACUCCCGGGCCGACAUCCAGAUGGCGGUCUGUGUUCUAGCCUCGCGCAUGGCAUGCCCAACGGUCGGUGCCUACAAGCAGCUUCUGCGUGUUAUCGGGUACCUGACUUCUUGCCCGGACCUUGGCUUUAUGAUCAAGCCUGUGGUCUCCAAAGCAAAGCUGCAUUGGGAAGGCGACCCGGAGGCCGACGAGAUGAUUUAUGAAGUGGAAAGCGUCACGGACGCAGAUUGGGCCGGCUGCCGCCGGAGCCGCCGCAGCAGGUCAGCGAUUCAGCUUUACAUCGGGGGUGGCUUCGUCUCGAGUAUGGUCCGGUCCCAACGGUGCAUAGCUUUAAGCUCGGCGGAGUCGGAGUACCUCGCGCUGGUGAGUGGGGCCUGCGAAGCAUAUUAUAUUGCUGAUGUUCUGCGGUUCCUGGUUGGAGAAGGCAGCCAGGUUCGAAUCACUUUGCGAACCGACUCUGCAGCGUGCAGAGGGAUAUGCCAAAGACUUGGCGUUCGGCGUGUGAGGCACUUGCAGUGUGCCAUCUUGUGGGUGCAGCAGGCGGUGCGCAACAAGCAGCUGAGCGUGGCAAGCAUCAGCGGAAGUGAGAAUCCCUUUGAUAUAGGGACCAAGCCCCUGCCUGGCGCCCGAAUCAAAGAGCUGCUCUACACCAUGGGUUGCAUCGAGAGCGACGGGACGCCCUACGGCCAGGAGGAGCACGAGGCAGCGCACGAGAAGCGAAUGAUGACAAAGAUGCUGAAAGAUGCAAAGAGCAGCGGCUUCAAGGUGAGCCAAGUGAAAGGCAUUUUGCCUUUGAUCCUCCUGCUGUCGCAGGUGGGAAGAACUCAGGGCUUGAGCCUAGCCCUGCCGGUUGUCGCAUUUGGCGAUGCCGACUGGGUUGCGACAUUCGUUGUCACGAUUGGCUUCGGGAUGUUCUUGAUCAUGGUGCUCUAUGGGAUUCCCUUGGGCCUGCUGAAGUUGCUUAAGUGGGGCUUCAGCCUUUUCCCGGCCAGUGAUGGGGAGACCGGCGGCCCUGAGCGAAAGGAGCUGAGUGGCAUCCAGGGAAAGUUGAGCAAGGUUCACCCGGCUCAGAGAUCAAUUCGAGCACGCGGUCGGUGGCUUCUUGGGGACCGCUUACGACCUCUUUUCUUCCUUCUUCGACCUCCUCGCCUCCUCGCGGCGCACGACACCUUCCGGAACCUCCUCGCCGGGCACGACUUUGACCACUACGACCAGGAGCUGGACCAGAGCUUCUCCAACUACACGCUUCAGCAGUACCUGUUCGCUGGAGCAAUUGCUUCGGCGAGCACCGGUCCUGGCGGAGGCGGAGGAUUUCCGCUUCAUGAAUUCAGAAAAAACGUACCUCCGGGCUGGAGCCCCGGUUUGCCUGACUACCCUCUGCGUCUGUAUUUUGAUCGCCUCAAGCUCUGGUACCAAAUAUUCGACGGUGAGGAUACCCUCACAUUGCGACUUCCGCGACCUGAUGGCGGAGUGGGCAUGGACGGAGAAGCCCUUGCGAGGCUGACCGGGCUGACCGUCGAAGAGGAGUACGCGAUUGAGUGGGGUUGCAAGCUUGAAGAGGCCACGACACGGGCACGACUUCAGAUAAACGAGGUGGCAAAGUUCUAUUUGUUCUUCCACAACUCCAGGCUCCUUGCAAAGUUUGUCGAGGCGGAUGAUCUCUGCGAGUUGUAUGCCGAUGACUACGAAGAUGAAGAUGAGUGGGAGCAACCUUGGGAGUCAUGGUACGAAGACGGUCGGCUCGUCGUGGACUACGAGAGCUGUGCUGCUGACUAUGAGGAGGAGUGGCCCUACUACCAUGGCAUGACUGAGGAAGCCGCUCCCGAGCAGACGCCCAACCAGCAAGACGAGAACUCCGGGUACCAUGGCGAAGAGCAUUCCCCGGGUCAUUCAUCAGACCAUACAGCAGGAGCUUUCCGGCCCAACCUGUCCCGUCGGAGCCGAUGGCGGGCACGUCCUAUAGCGGUGGCUACGGCUCCGGUGGCUGCGGCAAGAAGGGCAAAGGUCGAUGAAAGAAAGGAAAGGGCAGAUGGACGCCAAAAGGCAAAGGCUACGGCUCCGUGGCUACUGAAGCUACAUCGCGAAAAUCCUACACACCGAAAUUGGCCGACCUCCAGUCCAUUCUCCGUGAAGCCGCCGCCGGCGUUCUCCCAUGACAAGACGCUGGUCGACUGGGGCCUGUCGGUCGCCCUCGCCUCGAAGCUGACCGAGGCGAAUCAACAAAAGCUCCUCGCUUCAUUUAAACCGGCAGCGUUGGCAUCAGCUCCGGUUGCUGCCACAUCCUGA